UACUGGCUUGCCUUAACAUUCCAACAUCCAUGUGUAUUUGUUUUCUAAUCAUAGUAAGAGUAUUGCUUAAACCCUUAAUUCUCUCGAAGAAGACGGAGAAUUCUAAGCACUUUAUCUUAAGUAUCUUGUACGGUCAUCUGACCAAGUGCUUAUUUUUUGUUCUUCCUCAGUUGUGCUUCUGUCGAGAACAUUGUUUUGUUGGUAUUUAGAAAAUUGGAUAGUGAGCACGAUUUGACGGAUACGUUUAAGUUAUCUUUCUGUUAACACAAGAAGAGAUGGAUGUUAAGUUAAGAUCGGAGGAAAUGCCAUCCAUUGUUGAACAGAUGGGCUCAUUAGACGAUAGAUCAAUGAGUGAGCUUGAGGAGGAGAGUCUUUUUACUCUGGAAGCAGAAUCUGGAAAGCCAAAACCUGUCCUUGGACAUGAAAAUGGACAUAUUUCUAGGGGUUCACCAUCCUGUGGAGAUAAAAAUUUGCCGAAUGGUGUGUAUAAGAGCAUAGAGACUGUUGUUUUCUCAAAUAAACUCAAUUUGCUUAUGCCUUUGGGGCCAUUGGCGAUCAUGGUCCAUAAAAUCACUGGUCAUAAAGGAUGGGUCUUCUUUCUAAGCUUGCUGGGUAUAACUCCUUUGGCAGAGCGUUUAGGUUAUGCUACUGAGCAACUGGCCUUUUACACUGGUGCUACUGUUGGGGGCCUUUUAAAUGCUACAUUUGGAAAUGCAACAGAAUUGAUUAUAUCAAUUUAUGCUCUGAAAAGUGGUAUGACACGUGUCGUUCAGCUCUCAUUAUUGGGCUCAAUUUUGUCAAAUAUGUUGCUGGUGCUUGGAUGUGCAUUCUUUUGUGGAGGUCUUGUUAUUCGGAAUAAGGAACAGCGGUUUGAUAAGGCAUCCGCUGUUGUGAAUUCUGGACUGUUGUUGAUGGCUGUCAUGUGUCUGCUAUUUCCAGCUGUUCUUCACUACACACAUUCUGAGGUGCGUUUCGGAAAGUCAGAGCUGGCUCUUUCAAGAUUUAGCAGUUGCAUUAUGCUAGUGGCAUAUGCUGCCUUUCUUGUUUUCCAAUUAAAGGGUCAACAAGAGCCAUAUUUCUCUAUAACUGAGGAAGAGAAUCAGGCUACAGAUGCUGGUGAUAAUGAUGAUGAUGGCGAUGAAGAGCCAGAGAUCUCAAAGUGGGAAUCAAUUAUUUGGCUUUCAAUUAUGACAGCUUGGAUAUCUAUCCUUUCAGAGUAUCUAGUCGAUGCUAUACAGGGAGCAUCGAUCGCAUGGAACAUUCCAAUUUCAUUUAUUAGUGUAAUAUUACUUCCAAUUGUAGGGAAUGCUGCAGAGCAUGCAAGUGCUAUCAUUUUUGCCAUGAAGGACAAACUUGACAUAACUUUGGGAGUGGCAAUAGGAUCAUCAACACAAAUAUCCAUGUUUGGGAUUCCAUUUUGUGUGGUUAUCGGAUGGAUCAUGGGAUGCACCAUGGACUUGAACUUUCAAAUUUUUGAGACGGCAACUCUUUUCAUAGCUGUCAUAGUUGUUGCCUUCUUUCUGCAGGAAGGAACAUCUAAUUAUUUUAAAGGACUUAUGCUCAUUCUUUGUUAUCUAAUAGUUGCCGCAAGUUUCUUUCUACAUGAAGAUCCUUCUCCAAAAGAUUAAAAGAAAUUAAAAAUUUAGUCAAUGAAGCAAUCCAUUGUAAGGCGAAAAAAUUCCUGAAGCUUUUCAUCAUGCACGUUGUUGUGUAUAGAUAGCUCUUGGCCGCUCAAUUUUUUUGUUGUCCCCUUGCUGCUUGUUUGGUCAAGUGAGUAGGUGUCUUGAUGAUUUCGUUUUUUAUUGAAUUGGUACCAGCUUUGAUGCUAUAUGUGUGUCCAUGAUGAGUGAGAAAAUUGUGUAUAGAAUAGAGAAUAAAAAUUGAUUUCUCUUUGCAAUGUAAUUCUUCCUGUAUUCUUUUGAUUGGAAUUCCAUCCAUUCUUUUCUCA